UAAGGGCUCCCAGCAGCCCUGCAAUAUAAAGUGUCCAGCUCCCAGUCUCUUACCGUUGUCUAGUCGCCUUCGAACCAAAACUACAGAAACCAGUAACAACUUGCACCAUCAAGGCAUUAACCAUGAUGGACCCUCCCCUCUAUCUCUCUGAACCGACACGAAUAAAUACAGCAUCACCCCCACAAUUUCUUUUUGUUUAUUUAUCAUUGAUUCACAUUUCCUGUUCUCCCUUUCCCACACAAUCAGAAAAAUAAAAUACCGAGAGAAGAGGAAGGAAUGGCUGGCGCAGCAGGAAGAAACCUCAAUCUCUGCUUCAUCACUAAGAUCAAACGUCCACUACCACCUGAUCAUCAAUCGCCCUCUAACCCACUAACCCCAGAUGAUCACAGCCAUCCACUCCUCUUUAAAAACUAUAAUUCACUCUACGACCUCACCAUUGACCCCGCCUCCGCCUCCGCCUCCACCUCCACUUCCACCUCUUCCAGCUCCUCCUCCUCUGAACCUGACUUCGCCAGCGCCUACGCCUCUCAGCGCUUCUUUUUCUCCUCCCCGGGCAGCUCCAACUCCAUCAUUGAAUCUACACCGUCCAUUGUCACUUCCACAGAAUCAUCAGACAAUCUAGUAGCCCCGCAACCUGAUAGCAAUGGUCUGAUAAUAAAUCACUCCACUGGCAAGUCUUUGUUACUUGACGGUUGUAACAAUAGCCAUCCUUUACAUGACCAACAACCACCCCGAUUAUUAAAAUCACCAACCGUUAAAGACAGUAUGGCUGUCUCCACCUACUCACACGACCCGUACAUGGACUUCCGGCGAUCCAUGCAGGAGAUGGUAGAUGCACGCGACUUGGUGGAUGUCAAGGCUAAUUGGGAGUACUUGCACGAGCUACUAUCGAGUUAUCUUUCUCUUAAUCCAAAGAGUACCCACAAGUUCAUUGUUGGUGCUUUUGCUGAUCUUCUUGUUAGUCUUUUGUCAACGGAAAUGACGGAAGAUGGUGGCCGCCGGGAAGAGGAUUUUUCUUCCGAUGGUUGUGGGAUUUCGCGGCAGUGCAUAUAAUGUAGCAAUGUGGUGUGUCGGGAAAUGAUUGUAUAAUCUUUUAACUAUAAUUCAGCAAUAUAUACAUGUGGGGGACUAAGAUGGCCCUCUUGCCUUCUAUCACAGCACCUUAUCCCUCGCAACCAUCUUGCUUUU